AUGGCUAUGGAUUUGAUGGACACAGCUCCUGAAACCUUGAAGACAGCGCUGUCUGCUCCACUCCCCGAUUCUGAAGAUGAGAGCUCCACCGCCCCUCAGCCACGCGGACGAAGCGGGAAACAGAAGAGGAGGGCAACAGCCGCGACGUCCGCUGUUCGCAGCUCGCUGAUCGAGAAGAGGACCAAGCAAGAUUUCGGCCCUGACGCCGAUGGUUUUGUCCCAGCCCGGCGAACUGCAAGACGCAUGCUGUCUUCGACAACGCUUCCAACUGCCGUCGCCAACUCAUUCGACGCGCUGGCUGACGCACCGAACCAGCUGCCGCGCGAUCCUGCGCCGAAGAAAGACUCCCAUCUUCCGCCGGUGGUCCUCCAGUUUCGGCCGCCCUAUGGGGAACUGCAGAAAUUGUUGCGCAGCUGGACAACGGCCGUGUACACCGUGAAGCCUGCCGGGCGUGACUUGUACAGGGUCACACUCCGCACUGCUGACGAUUAUCGCUGGGUCACUCAGGAGGCAUCUGAGCGUGGACGUGCGUGCCCCCGUCCGCCCACCGAGAAGCCGACAUGUGCACUCUGUGGCGGUCCUCACGUGGGCAGUUAUCGUGGGUGUGAGGUGUGGAAGCGUGCCAUUGCUCGCCAACGUGGCCACACACCAGCGCUGCGUCCGAAGAAGCUGGCAACGAGACGGGCCAGCGUCUCUUUCGCGGCAGCAACGUCAGGGGCACCCUCCGCCGUCCCGGCUGCGUCCACUGCUCCUGCUCCUGCCGCAUCCGAGGCCGUGCCGACACCCGAGGCUCCUGCGCCUCCACCACAGCUGCUAGUGGCGGACCCGGGUACUGCCUCUCCCGGGACGUCGGCUGGACUGCGCCCCGCCAACCGCCGGCGCGGGGGUCACCACCCCAUGGGUGCCCAGUGCUCAGCACCGUCAGUCGAGCAGCCCCAGGUGGACUCUCACAGCGAAGCAGCCACGCCUCCCCCUUCCAGCGAUGGGGCCGCGCCAGCUGCCUCCACUGCUGACCUAGCCAACCUCGUCGCGCAGCUCACUGCCCUGGUGACCAGUGCUACGAAGUUGAUCGAAGUCUUGUCGCAGCAGCUCACCGCUGCAGUGCCGAUGGCCUCUCCAGCCCCAACCGCUGUCAACACUCACCAGUUGCACCAUGGGGAGCGUUAG